CUAUUGUUUCGUCAGUGCUAUUUAGUACUAUAGUGCUAUAUAGUUAUGUAGUUCUGUUUGAUUGAGAUAGUGUUUGAAGUCUACAAGCUAAAACAGGAAUACAUUAGUCACUCGCCAACCAAUAGGACUUAAAAGAAAUUUGUCGGUUCGUGAUCAGUGACUUUGUGCCUGAGUUGCCAAAUGCUCAUAACGGUAUCGUUCAUCGUUCUUAGUUCAUAGUCCUUUACUGCAACCUCAGUUGUUAUCAAUAAUGUCUCGAGUUCAUCGUGAGGUUGUGGUCAUCGGUGCUGGAUGGUCUGGCUUGUUAGCCUGUAAAUACAUGUUAGAAGAGAAGCUAUCUGUGGUAGUACUAGAGAAACGGCCUGAGAUAGGCGGCGUCUGGAAUUACUCCGACGAUCCCAGCAUCCUAACGGUAAUGAAAAGAACCCAGUGUACGUCUUCGUCAUCUGUUACGGAGAUUUCUGAUUUCCCAAUGCCAGAUGAAAUGGGAGAGUUCCCUCGACAUGCUCAGAUCUACAAGUAUCUUAAUGAUUUCUGCGAUGCCUUUGCUCUACACCCUCACAUUGUCCUCAGCUGUGGAGUGGUACAAGCUGACAAGAUUGGUGACAAUUGGGAGGUACUUGGUGAAGAUGGUAACAUUUACAUCGGUAGCAAACUUGUGGUGUGUGCUGGUGUUCAUCAAAAACCGAAUCGUGAGCUAGAGAAUACACUGUUCAGCGAUUACACUGGUGAAGUCAUGCACUCUGGCACUCUUAAGUCCUUUAUUCCUGAACACAUAGGCAAGAGGGUAAUGAUUGUUGGAGGUGGAGAGACGGCGGCGGAUAUUGUCGAAGAAUGGUACGAGGGAGGAGCUGGGCAGAUUAUCUGGAGCAUUCCACGUGGACAGCAUUUUUUCAGGAAGUAUUCAAAGAUUCUGCCGAACCGAAAACCACAAACCUUGGAUAAAGCUUCUUCAAGGGCAAUUAAGACCAUUGCACCCUACACCAAGGGAAAACCAGGUCUAGCGUGGGUGUGUCAUUGGACUACUGCUGGCUCGUUGCUCGCGUACCAGGGUCAUGGAAUACCCGAGUGGAAAAACGAAGCGGAGUUUUUUCAUUUCUUUAUCAACAAGAACGGACACGUUUUGGAUUUGGUCGAUUACAAACAUGUCGUGCCUAAAGGAGCGAUCGAUGGCGCAGAGGGCAAGAAGAUCUAUUUAAGUGACGGUACGCAAGCCGAGGUUGACGUUAUAAUACAAUGUACUGGUUAUCGCACAGAGUUCCCCUUCUUGCCGCCAAAAUACCAAGUUCCUCUCAUUAACAAUUAUAAAUUCAUUUUCAACGUGGAAGACCCUUCUUUAGCAUUUAUUGGCUACGUCCGUCCGAUUGUCGGAUCCAUCCCUAUCCUCUCCGAGGUGCAGUCAUGUCUCACUGCUCGAGUGUUUAGUGGCGUCGUUCAUCUGCCAGACAACGGCGACUUGGUAAACGAAACCAACAAAGAUACGGAGUUCUGGUCCAAUUACUUCAAAGAUUCCUCCAAGCGGCUGUCCACCCUUGUCGAAGCAUUUACAUAUUUAGAUGACAUUUUAGUUAAGAGCGGUAGAUGUGUGAGCUGGGUGGAAUUGUUCAAAGACAGUCCUCGGGAUUGGUUCACAACCAUGCUGUCACCGGGAUGUUCCAGCUACAUGAGGCUAACGACUAAAGGUGAGGAGAGAGAAAAGGCCCUGGCCAACCUCAGACGACGUGGGCAAGGCUGCAUCAGUCCAUUGCAUCUUCUGCUUAUCGCGUUUUGUCGUUUUAUCUGGUUCGACUGGUGGCUUAUACAACUUGGGAAAGUCAAGUACAUGUUUCAAACUAACAAGUUUUGCAAGAAGGUUCAGGAUUAUGCAGUGGUAAGGUUUGCCAACUGGGUGUGGACGGCACCCAAGCGAUGGCUUUUUGAUAACAAGACAAGAGCAUCUUAAUGUCAAUGAAUUCAAAUUAACAAUCAAAUAGAAACAAUUUAUGGGUAGAAAUAUAGGUCGAAGGUUCAUCGAACGAUGUAAUGUCUUAAUAGACCAGUUUCGAAUUCCAAAUUACCGCUGUGUUCCUUGAUUACAGACUCAUUUGCACAGGGUUAGCCUCGCAUCAGUGUUUAAAUAUUCACAAAUACCAACGGUAAAGUAAAGAAUGCACA